AUGGCCGAAAACUCGUUCUCGAAGUUCAUCGCAAGGAACAAGCUAGCCAUUGUGGCCACAGUCUCUGCGGGGACCGCUGCCGUAGGUGCCUACGUGUAUUACCAUCAGCUCAAGCAACAGCAGCAGCAGCAGCAACAGCAAUCGAAGGGCACUAAGGACCGCCAGCGCCAGGGAGAGGUAUGUCCUGGCCAGGACGAAGACGAGGUAGAAUUGAAGGAGGACGGCAGCUCCACUGCUGGUAGCAACAAGAAGAAGAAGAAGAACAAACGGAAGAGGAAGAAUAAGCUCAAAUCAGCGGAAGAGUUCGAGUACCCCCUCUUGCCUGACGGCGAGCCCGACAUGGACCGAUUAAGAGGUCUAGCCGUCCCACAGAGGCAGGCGUUUGCCGUGCAGUUGAAAGACAAAGGUAAUCACUUCUUCGCCGGUAAAAACUUCGACGAUGCCAUCAAGUACUACCAGUACGCCAUCGAGCUGGACCCGAACGACCCGGUGUUCUACUCUAACAUAUCUGCCUGCUACAUUUCCACGGGCGAUCUGGACAAAGUCGUGGAGUACACUACAAGGGCGCUCGAAAUAAAGCCUGACCAUUCCAAGGCCCUGUUGAGACGUGCGUCCGCUAACGAGUCGCUGGGGAAUUUUACCGACGCCAUGUUCGACCUGUCUGUUCUGUCCCUCAACGGGGACUUUGAUGGGACCUCCAUUGAACCCAUGCUGGAAAGGAACUUGAACAAGCAGGCAAUGAAAGUGCUAAACGAAAGCCUAACCAAGAACGGCGACGACAAGGACUCGCAAAUACUACCUUCCAACACGUCUUUAGCAUCGUUCUUUGGAAUCUUCAACCCUGACUUGGAAACUUCUCGUGUCAACACCAGUUCGGUUCUGGACAGUGCCAGCGCCACGUUGUCGGAGGCCUUGCAAAGCUUAUAUUCCGCUACAAGGGAAGGCUAUCUGAUAGCAGACGAUCUUCUUACAAAGGCCACAGAUGCAUACCAUUCUCUGAUCUGUGCCAACAAGGAGGAUUCCGCUAUAAGGGAAAAUGCUGCAUUAGCCUUUUGCUACGCAGGCAUUUUCCAAUUCUUGAAAAAUGAUCUGUUGAAUGCUCAAGCUCUCUUGCAAGAAGCCAUCAACCUGCAUCCAACCCCAAAUUCGUACGUGUUCAUGGCUUUGACCGUGGCCGAUAAGGAGAACUCUCAAGAGUUUUUCAAGUACUUUCAAAAUGCAAUCGACUUGGACCCUGAGUACCCGCCCACUUAUUACCAUCGCGGCCAAAUGUACUUUAUCCUACAGGAUUACACCAAUGCUAAAUUAGAUUUCCAAAAGGCCCAAAGCUUAAACCCUGGGAAUGUCUACCCCUACAUCCAAUUGGCUUGUUUGUUGUACAAGCAAGAUAAGUUUUCCGAAGCUGAGUCUCUUUUCAAUGAGGCAAAAUUGAAAUUCCCCAUUUUACCUGAAGUACCCACUUUUUACGCUGAGAUCUUGACCGAUAAAGGCGACUUCAAUACUGCGAUCAAACAAUACGACAUUGCCAAAAGGUUAGAGGAAGUGCAAAAGAAAAUACACGUAGGUAUUGGGCCCUUGAUUGGUAAGGCCACUAUCCUAGCCAGACAGUCUUCUCAAGACCCAACCCAACUAGAUGAAGAAAAGUUUAAUAUGGCCAUCGAUCUAUUGACUAAAGCAUGUGAAUUGGAUCCAAGAUCCGAACAGGCCAAGAUUGGUCUAGCCCAACUAGAGUUGCAAAUGGAAAAGAUUGACGUUGCCAUCAAAUUGUUUCAGGAGUCGGCAACUUUGGCAAGAACCAUGGAUGAAAAACUGCAAGCAACUACAUUUGCUGAAGCCGCGAAGAUACAAAAGCGUUUGAGAGCAGAUCCAAUCAUUAGCGCAAAGAUGGAGCAAACAUUGGCCAAUUAUAGGGCUCAAGGAAUGAUUUAG